GAGCUGCGCGCUUCGAUGGAGGCACUGAGCGUCCGGCUGCAGGCACAGGAGGACGUCGUGCAGCAGCUCCGAAGCGAGAGACAGCAGCUCCAGCAAGAGCUCCAGCAGGCCAGGCGAGCGCCUCGCGUGGAGCCAGCGCCACCUCCAGCGCCACCUCUGGGCGGCGAGAUCGACACCAGGGUGAUCGGCAAUUUGAGGGGAGCGGUGAUGAACGAAGUGUUCGAGUCGUGGCGCCAGGUCGUGCUGGAAUGGGAACCGAAGCUGAGGAACCAGUUCGUCGGUCUUCGCAUUCAGGCGAUGACGUACAAGUUCACGGGAAACAUCAACAGCGCUCUCGUGGCCUUCGAGAACCUCGUGUGGGACUACGAGAGCCAGUCCGACAAUGAUAUCGACGACGACGAGAAAAUCGGCACG